AUGAACGAGACAUCGGCAUACGAUAGUGAUUACUAUGAUCCAACAGUCGACAAAAUCUUAGCGAUAGUUUACUUCAUGCUCGCUGUUUGUGUUCUCUUCUUCAACAGUCUAGAGGCAUAUCUGAUGAUCAGACUCCGACACGAGAGGUCGGUAACAACAGUGUUCACCUGCAGUCUCACCCUUACCGAUAUAUCCAUGGGUUGUAUGGGCAUUCCUUUCUCGGCUAUUGCCAUGUCACAGCAGAGACGAUGGAUCUUCCAGGGCGUGAUGUGCAAUAUCUCUGGAUUCUUCAUCAACACUUGUACUUUCACAUCCCUCUUCAGUAUUUGCCUCAUCACCGUCAACAGGUACUUGGCUCUGAUAUUUCCGAUAAAGUACAAGAGGUUCAUGACCAUCCGAAUAUCCCAAAUAGCAGUAGCUGUAGUGUGGGCCAUCGCUUGUCUGAGGUCAUCCAUCCCUUUCUUUUUCGGCAAAGGAUACACUUACUAUGAGACAACUCUUUGUAGCUGGUAA